AUGCAGGAUCAGUGCCCAAAAAACAAGCCCUUCGAGAAUAUUGCUGAGGCGGCCGCCAUUGCGGCUAGACAGCUUGAGCCUGUUCAACACCCGCCGUGGCCCAAGAGAAAGCGCGGCCCUCCUCAUGUCGGCCCUCCUCUGUCCGCUGUUGCUGAGCCGGUUGCUCCCCUCCCCGCCGCUGUUCAGCUGGUUGCUCGUCAUCCCGCCCCUGCCAUUUUCGGCGCGGGUCAAAGUAACCAGGUCGGCAGCGAAGAUGACGACUAUGAUUACACUUGGAGUGACGAGGAGCCUCCUAGCAAGAGGAUGUACCAGGAUGCCAAGAUGACCGACACAGUUGCCGCCUCCCCCAUCUUCGGCGCGACUCAACCCAAUGAGCUUGAUGAUGAUUUCGAGAUUGACCUAAGUGAAGACGAGGCUAUGUCCCACGAUGCCGGUAUGGCUGACGUGCAGGACUGGGACUAG